UCGCAAUAUUCAAAGUCUCCCUCUUUGAAACAUCCACUCCUCAAAUUCCUUCUUCACCAUCUUCAAAUUCUUUCUCCAUUUCUCCCAUUUUAAGUUCUUCCAUACUUUUCUCGAAGAGGGAAGUAAGAAAAAGGAGUAAAGAUUCAAUCUUGGCUCUUGACUUGCAACUUGUGCUGAAGAUUCAAGUUCGGUUUUUUGAUUCUUGAUUAAGGGCAUUCUCUCUCAUGGUGUCCAAGUGUUUUCAAGCUGUGUUAUGCUUGUUUUUAUUCCUCCAUAGCUUUUCCUCAGCUAACAAAGAUGGAAAUUCCAGCUCCUCCACGUUCACAGCUAUGGAAAUCCCCACCUUCAACGCCGCCGCCGAUUGCUCCUUCCCGGAGCCAAAUUCAGACGAAAUCUUGCUCGAAACAACCGUCAAAAUCGAUGAAUUCAAGGCUAAACCAACCGUCACGCUGAACAUGAAGCACCGCCGCGCCGGAGCUAAGCCGGCCGACUGCGUCGCGGAGUCGACGGCGAAGGAUUUCACUCGAAUUCAGACGUUCAACGCGAGAAUAGCCGAGCGGAAGGACCACAACGCCGCUUCGAGAAUCGAUCGCAGGCCUCCUCCGCCAGCCGCCGCCUCGCCGGAGAUUUUUUCCGGGGGGAAGAUGGUGGCGACGCUGGCGUCUGGGGUGAGCCUCGGCUCCGGCGAGUACUUUAUGGAUGUGUUCAUUGGUACACCUCCUAAACACUUCUCGUUGAUUCUUGACACUGGCUCUGAUCUCAAUUGGAUUCAAUGUGUUCCUUGCUAUGAUUGUUUUGAGCAACAUGGGCCUUUUUACGAUCCGAAGGAGUCGAAUUCGUAUCGAAAUAUAAGCUGUGAUGAUCCCCUUUGCCAGUUAGUUUCCUCCCCCGAGCCCCCUCAGGGAUGCGGGGGUGGGAACCAGAGCUGUCCGUACUACUAUUGGUACGGCGAUAGCUCCAACACGACGGGGGACUUCGCGUUGGAGACGUUCACGGUGAACAUGUCGUCGUUUGACGGGAGUUUAGGGUUUAGGAAGGUGGAGAAUGUGAUGUUUGGGUGUGGCCAUUGGAAUAGGGGGUUGUUCCAUGGCGCGGCCGGCUUGCUAGGGUUGGGGAGGGGGCCUUUGUCGUUCGCAUCUCAGCUUCAGUCGUUGUAUGGGCACUCGUUUUCGUAUUGUUUGGUUGAUAGGAAUAGCAAUGCGAGCGUUAGUAGCAAGCUCGUAUUUGGUGAGGAUGAGAAGCUGCUUAGGCAUCCGGAGUUGAACUUCACCACACUGCUUAGCGGGAAGGAGAAUCCGGUGGACACAUUCUAUUACGUGGGAAUUAGGUCGAUUGUGGUUGGAGGGGAGGUGUUGGGGAUCCCGGAGGAGACGUGGAGCCUCUCCCCGGAGGGGAAUGGUGGCACCAUCAUAGACUCGGGGACCACCUUGAGCUACUUUGCUGAGCCGGCCUAUAAGAUGGUCAAAGAGGCGUUUGAAGAGAGGAUGAAGGGGUAUCCGGUCGUGGAGGAUUUCCCGAUUCUUGAUCCGUGUUACAAUGUGUCCGGUGUUGAUGAACCCUACUUGCCCUCAUUUGGGAUUGUAUUCAAGGAUGGGGCCGUGUGGAACUUCCCGUAUGAGAACUACUUCAUUAGGCUCGAUCCUGAUGAUGUUGUGUGCCUAGCGAUCUUGGGGACCCCGCGGUCGGGUUUGUCUAUCAUUGGCAACUACCAACAACAGAACUUCCAUAUCAUGUAUGAUACUAAGAAGUCUAGGCUAGGUUUUGCACCAACUAAUUGUGCUGAGAUGUAGGGGAUAAUGUUCUGUUUUGUAUAGUUUUUAGGGUUGAUUUUUGGUGGGACAUUGUAUACAUGAUCAAUUGGAGGGAAUACAUAUGCCUAGAGGUGUCAUGAUGCAAGAUUUUGUCAUGAUGUUUUGGGCUUUUAGAUCAUUUAUAUAUAUUGAUUACUGAUUAGUGUCA